AUGAAUGCCAAAGUCGGUGAUAUGACAAUACCUAACAAAACCUGUGGGAUAUUUGGUCUUGGAGAACAAAAUAAUAGAGGUGAGAAACUAAUAGAUUUCUGUAGUGCCAAUAACAUGUUGAUCGCCAACUCAACGUUUGAACACCACCCUCGACAUCUAUACACCUGGGCAUCGCCUGAUUCAAGAAUCCGCAAGCAAAUUGACUUCUUCAUAAUAAAUCAAGAAUGGAAAAGCUGUGUGAAAAAUGUGAAAACUAAACCAGGAGCAGAUUGCAAAAGCGACCAUCAACUCCUAGCCAUGAAUAUUCAAAUUAGACUGAAGAAACUACCUCAACCACCUCGACCUAUCCGUUUUGACUAUCAAACAAUGGAUAUCAAUUACAACGUUAAAGUAUCGAACAGUUUUGAGACUUCUACAAACUCAACAGAACCACCACCUCUUCUUGAAGAAAUCAAAGAUGCAAUAAAAGAUCUGAAGAUAAGAAAGAGCCCUGGAAAUGACCAGGUCACAGCUGAGAUGAUAAAAUAUGGUGGAGAGAACGUAGAGGUGUUCUACCACAGGCUUUGCACAAAAAUACGUCACAGCAGCAAAAUUCUUCUGAAAAUCAUCACCAAACAAAUGGCCUCAAAACUAAACGAAGAAAUAGCUACAGAACAAGUAAGAUUUAGACCUGGAAAAGGCACCAGAGACCAAAUCAUGAACCUGAAAAUGAUUCUCGAAAAGAACAGAGAAAGAGGAAUUGACGUGUUUCUAUGCUUUAUUGACUACUCUAAAGCUUUUGACACUGUUGCACAUGACAACUUAUGGAAUAACAUGUACACUAUGGGCUUCCCAACUCACAUCAUUCUACUUCUGAAAUCAAUGUAUGAACAGCAAACAGCAGCAGUAAGAACUACUUAUGGACUGACCGACUGGUUUGAUAUAGAACAAGGCGUUAGACAAGGGUGCAUCAUCUCUUCAACAUCUACUCGGAAAUGA